AUGGCAUCAUCGGACCUCAACCGUCAAUGCCACUCUCAACUUCUCAAACUUCCGACGGAGCUCAUUUCGUUGAUUGUUAGUUGGCUUCCUCAAUCUGCACUUGCCACCCUGUGCCUGGUGUCCAUCCUUCUGGCAGACAUCGCCACAGAGUAUCUGUAUAAAUGGCCAAUGAUCACGAGCGAAGGCAGCCUCCGAAUUUUCUUCAACACGCUUAAGAAACGACCACAACUCCGCACAUGUGUGCAAGAUCUCGCGCUGGACUUCAUAGAGGAGUCUGGCACUCGAAGCCAUGAGAGACAAAGGCGCCUUCGAGGAUACGGAAAGGCCCUCUUGAAACUGAGCAAUCUUCGACAAUUGCAUUCAAAGUUUGGUCCUCUACCCCGUGAUAUUCCUCUAAAAGCAUACCAAGACAUCGCGAAGUUUCUCGCCGCCCGUCAGGCAGUGUUUACCCUGCCGAGCGAUCUCACCAGCGGACCCCUGGUACCCAAUUUGCGCUUCUUCUAUGGCCCGUUUAAUCUCGCUACAUUGUUACUACCACAGGCCAAGACUGAACAUGCGAUAAUACACCUGCCGAUAGAACCGCGAGAUGCAGGAAAUGUGCAGCGAUGGCAAGUGUUUGCGUUUCUGCGGAGCCUAGCCCAAGGAAGCGCAGCACUAGGAGUCCUCAAAAUUCGGGGAGAAUGGAAUAUCAUCGAGCCUCUUGAAAUCGCCCAAAGUGCCCCGUAUGUCAAAGAACUCACCAUUGACCAUUUCGGAAUGGAACCAGAGGAUCGUAAAGUUUUUCGAACCGCCCUUAUAAACGCAGUCCCGGCCUUCGAAAAUCUCAUCGCUGUUCAUGUAGAAUAUGAUCCUUAUUUCGCCCUCGAAGCUAACGUUCUCGCCACUAAGCCAAUGGGUCUCAGUGAAGAAGAAAGGCGCCGAAUCAAGGAGACUUGCCCCAAAUUUGAAGAUAUUAUCUUCUAUUGCGAGGCCUGA